CUUGCGUGCAUGCAUAAAUCUGUUGUUUGUUUUAAUCAAUAUCGGAGCAGACGGUCAUUUCGAUUUUAAUUGUUUCCAAGUAAAAACUAGGCCCAACCAACUAGAACUAGAACUAGAAGAAGCUAACACACAAGUCCAAGUAACAGUAACAGGGUCUGGUCGAGCCUCAAACGACCAUGGCGGGUAAGAGCGACAAGGAAAUUCUGGCCAACUCCAUGUACGAGGAUGAUCCCAAUGGCAAUUCAGCGCCAGCCACAACCAAGGACCAAGAAUCGCAUCAGAGGCAGGAGGUACUCAAAGCGACCAAUGUGGCGCCAACUCCACGUUGGGGACCACAGAACAAGGGCGCCCAGGAGCUGGCCUCUUUGUACAGUCCAGGAAAGCGAGCACAGGAAAUCAUUUGCGUGUACACCUGCAUUGGCCUCAUGAUCAUCAAUCUGAUACUGAUUGUGCGACACAUGCGACUGGAGAGGAUUAGUGUGGCCAUUGUGUCCGCAUUGUGUGGCAUCAUAACGGCAGACUUUGCCUCUGGCUUGGUACACUGGGCAGCAGAUACCUGGGGCUCUGUGGAUUUGCCACUGAUUGGCCGGAAUUUCCUGCGUCCGUUUCGCGAACAUCAUCUGGAUCCCACAUCCAUAACGCGACACGAUUUCAUUGAAACGAAUGGCGACAACUUUAUGGUUGGAAUACCCAUCCUUGGAUAUUUGGCGCACUAUUUCUACAUUCGAUCGCCCAGCGAGAUUCAGUUAAAUUUUGGCUGGAUAGCCUAUGUAUUCCUAUGCUCCAUAUUUGUGGCCAUGACCAAUCAGAUACACAAGUGGUCGCAUACUUACUGGGGUCUGCCCCGAUGGGUGCUGUUACUGCAAAGCUGUCACAUUAUUCUGCCAAGGAAGCAUCAUCGCAUCCACCAUGUGGCACCGCAUGAGACGUACUUUUGUAUAACCACAGGCUGGUUGAAUUGGCCGCUGGAACGUAUAAGAUUCUGGUCUACUUUUGAGCUUGUUAUUGAGCAUUUUACGGGCCUUAAGCCACGCGAUGAUGAUUUGAAAUGGGCCAAGAAACUCACAUAGGGCUUGGCUUGGCUUUGCUGCCCUGCCCCACAACGACUGUAUAUAUAUAUAUAGGAAAUCCUGGACCAAAAGCAGCCUUAUUUAUAUAUCUGACAAAAUGUUAUUUUGCACAACAAAAGUAGCUUUAAAUGUAUGUUAAGUUAACUGAA